GGCAACGUAUGACGCCGGGGCACCUCUCGCCCUCUGGGCGUGUCUAUCCUGGCUCUGUCCCCGCCCUCUGGGAGUGUAAAGGCUGAGCGGGCAGGCGGCGGGCACAGUGUGUACGGAGAGGGAGCGGGUGAGGAGGAGGGCGCAGCCCCGGCGGCUCAGGCACGCGUUCCGUUUAUUAUCACGAUCCGGAUCCCGGCGGCUCGGACAGGCCUUGGUUGUCACGGAGAGUGUCCCAGCGGCUGCCCGUUAUAGUGUUGUUUAUUUGCUUGGCAGAAGUUGGUGACGGUAACGGAAUAAGCAUACAAAAAUGGCUCAGGAAACAAAUCAAACACCAGGACCUAUGCUGUGCAAUACAGGCUGUGGCUUUUAUGGAAAUCCAAGGACAAACGGAAUGUGUUCAGUUUGUUAUAAAGAACAUCUUCAAAGGCAGAAUAGUGGAAGGAUUAGCCCAAUGGGAGCAGCAAGUGCUUCAAGUAGUCCUACAUCAGAAGCUGCAGUUAUUCAGAGAGUAGAGACUGCAUUGAGUAACUGUGAAAGUGCUGCUGGCAGCCCAACCGACAAAUCGAGAAAUGUGCCUGUGGCAUCUCUGCCUGUAACUCAGCAAAUGACAGAAAUGAGCAUUUCAAGGGAAGAAAAUAUUGCCUCUCCAAAAGCUGAAUCAUCAGAACCUGUGGUGACCCAGCCAAGUCCAUCUGUAUCCCCACCCAGCACAUCUCAAAGUGAGGAAAAAGGCACAGAACUUCCUAAACCAAAGAAGAACAGAUGUUUUAUGUGCAGGAAGAAAAUUGGCCUUACAGGAUUUGACUGCCGUUGUGGCAAUCUGUUUUGUGGACUACAUCGUUACUCUGACAAGCACAACUGUCCUUAUGAUUAUAAAGCAGAAGCUGCUGCAAAAAUACGGAAAGAAAACCCUGUCGUUGUGGCAGAAAAAAUUCAGAGAAUAUAAACAAUACACAACUUGUGAAGACUUUACAUUUUUCCUUUUGAUUUUAAUAUUGUAGGGAAACCUUUAAGGAGCAGAUGCAUGUCCAUUUUUCUUCUGAUGUUAUCCAGAAUUUAUUUUGUGAUUUGUGCUUUUUUUUUUUUUUUUUUUGGGUUGUUUGUAAACAGGCAAAAUUGGAUUGAUACAGCUGUUUUCCCAACUUGUAUAUCUGAGCCCAGAGAACAUGAACUGUUUCAAGACUAGCAUACACUAUCCAUUAAGUGCAUAUCAUCUGGUGCAAUGUAAAGUAAUGUGCCAAAGUAGACUUCAAAGCUGCAUGGCUGCAACGGAUGAUAUCCAGCUUGUAGUCUGAUCGCUCAUAGCAAAUGACUGGGGAAAAUACCUGUAACAUUAAUUGACGCACCAGAUACUGAUGUAUUUUACCAUAAUUGCACCCUUUUUUCGGUUUUGACUCCUGCAUGGAUUUAGUUUGUAUCCUGUUGGUUUGCAACUGGAUACUGUUAGAUCAACUUUCAUGGGGAAAUGGAAAACUCUUGUGGAUAUACUAUCGGCCUGCUUGGUUAUUUUUAUUAAUUUUUUUAAUGUUUUCUUUUCCUUCCCUCCCUCCCCAAUCCCACGAAUCCACCCAAUUAUUGGCUAUAUUUUGCUAAAAGAGUUUUGUGGGCCUUCUUUAUCCAGUUACCUGCAAGACUAACAUCUUGAUCUGUUCUAGUCUGUAAUGACAACCUCUUAAGAUCUGUAAGCUUUAUCACUGGAAACAUGCUAUAGCAAGUGGAUUCUAGCAUGUAGUUUAUUUUUUUUACUUUUACUUGGGUCAGAAUGAGUUAUUGCACAGUCAAAAUGUGACAAUUUAUGUUAUGCAUAAUUUAAGUUUUAAUUUCAUACAUUGUUUUUCUUGCAGAUUUCUUGUACUUGCUCUUUAGUGUGUAAUAAACAUUUGAUAAAUGCCCUAAAUACCACAGGGUCAUGAGAUACUGAAAACUAAAGCUUCAUCUAUGAGUUGGGGUAGGCCAUUCAACAUUAAUUCAACAUUAAUAUAGCAAUUUUGAAAAACUUUGUAAUUACUCCACCCCACUGUGCCUUUGCUGCCCCUGCAAAAUUCUAAGCUUACAAAUGCUUAAGGGUUGUCAGGUAAUGUUUCCCGACACAUCAUUGCAUAGCUAAAACUUAACCCUUGCAGUGAGCACCUUUAUGCAAACCUAUCUGGGCAAUAUAACUAGCAUUAUUUUCUGAACUUAACCAUAGGAUUUUUUUUUUUUUUUUUUUUACAGUAUGACUAAAUUGCACAGAUUUGCAUGAGAAACCAUACCUUGGCUGCUGUAGGCUAUUCCCCCACUAGUCAUACCAGGAACCACAUUGAGGGCUGCUAAACACGUUUUUAUUUUCUUUUGGUUUUAAUAAAGUACCUGUGUGUAGGACUGUAAUUUUCUUGGUUAUAUUGCAUGGGCUGCAUUACCUACAGCUUUGUACAAAUCAACUCUAGAAAAAAGCAGUAGACUUCACUUGUCAAUCACUUCUGUGUUCUAAUGGAAGGUUUUCUUGUAAUUAAUUUCUUGUAUUUUUAGAUAAGCGCAACUUUUAGAGUAGUAUUGUGAUAAUGCCUGUUCUCAUCUGUAAAUAGUUGAAGUAUGUUCACUUGGCUUCACUUUAAAAUUUUACUUUUACUUUUGUUUGCUGUCCCUAGUUUACUUGGCAACAUCAGAAUUUUGCUUUAAACCUUGUAUUUUUUUGUUAUUAGAUAUGCAAACGUGUACAGAAGAUAGUUCAUAUUUAUGUAUUGCACAUAAUCAUGCUCUCCAGCAUCUAUGCUAUAUUGUAUUAUGUAAAUAAUAAAGUUAUGUACAGAGGAAA